AUGCCAAACGAAUAUUACGACUCAGAUUCAGAUUCCAAUUGGCUUUUAAGUAUGAAAGCCACAAUAUGGCGAGGCCUUAUGGCCAUUGGAAUGAAAUUUCAUCAUUUCGCAGAUCCCAAGCCUCCAGCUCCUAAUUUCAAAAUUCGAAUCCCCUCAAGAUUAUGUCCCCGUGGGGGAUAUUUCAACCUCAUUUUCUAUGUUCCACAAUCAUAUAUCGAAGGAUCAGAUGAAGAUCAACGUCGAUUCCCCGUCGUAGUAAAUUACCACGGAGGAGGGUUUACUUUGGGAACAGGAACCGAUGAUGCGAGAUGGGCUUCUGCGGUUAUUCAUACAGUCGAUGCGGUAUUCGUCAGUGUGGAAUAUCGUCUUGCGCCGGAAUAUCCAUUUAGUGUAGGAGUCGAAGAUGGUACCGAUGCCGUCAUAUAUCUAGCCGCACACGCAGAAGAAUUACGAUUAGAUCCCCAUCGAAUGGCACUAUCUGGGUUCAGCGCCGGUGGAAACUUUGCAUUCACAGUUCCACUAAUGCUGCACGAUUUAAGACAAGAUGCGGGCAAACGUACACUCGCAGAUUUGACAAGUGCAACUACACACGCGGACGGAACGCCCUCUACAAAUGUGAGUCGACAAGAUCUCGAUAAAGUAAAAUACGACUCUUCCGCGGCCGCAUCAUCAAGUUCACUCACUUCACAUCUCCGCCCCAAUCCAUAUCAAGGCGAAUCUCAAAGCCGAAACCAAUCCACAACAUCCAUUGCCAAAAUCCCCUCCCUCGAGCCUACCGCUCUGGAAAUCGCCCAAGAACUCCCCGACCUCACUCUCCGCGCCAUAGUUUCCUUCUACCCUCCUACCGAUUUCCGUCAAACCCGCGACGAAAAACGUGCUACAAAUCCCGCCCCAGAAAAGAACCUCCCUCCAAUGCUCACCCGUCUCUUCGACCAAUCUUACAUGAAUCCCAUCGACUCCAUCGAUCUCCGCGAUCCCUAUCUUUCCCCGGCAGCAGCCACAGAUGGCUUUCUCCGCGACGCCUAUCCCCAAGAUAUCGUCCUCUACACCUGCGAAUACGACAUGCUAAACGCAGAAGGUGUCGCCUUUGGCGAACGUCUCUCCUCCUCCGCAGUCGGCAAAUCCGUCAAAGGCGGCCUGAUAAACUGCGUCCCCCACGCCUUCGAUAAAAAACCCAAUCCCCUCAAAUUCCCAGAAGCCGCAGAUCGCUGCUACGAAGAAGCAUGCGCGGAGCUGGCCCGCGUCUUUGGCAGCGGAAAAACAAGCGAGGAAGAACGGAGACAGCUGGGUAAGAGUAAGGUCGUCGAUCGAUUCGAAGAACAGGAUAAAAUCGUUGGACUCUCAGAUCGCGCGCGGGAUCUGAUUGAUAACACGAGUUUAGCGGAAGGAAGAAGAGAUAGCGGCAUGGCGGAUAAUCAUAGGGGGGUAGAGGGGGAUGGGAGUAGAAGUAUGAGUUCGGAAGCGAAAGUGCUAAAGGAGUUUGAGAAGGAGGCGGAUAAGGUUAUCAAGAAGAAUGGGGGGAUCGAUGAAGAAGCUGUGGUUUAG